UGGACGCAGACUCUCACUAGACUCCUGCGGGAACAGCUAAACAAAAUAGCGGAGAUCUACCUUGGCAACCCAUCUGCUGCCACGCCACCUGUAGGAACACCUGCAGGGAGCAGCACUCCAGGGGGCACAAUGACAUCACCAGCCUCAGUGACCAGCACCCCAUCCUCCACACCAGCCCAGCCUCCUCAGUCUUCACCGCACAAUCCCGGUUUGUCAGGAUCCUCUAGUGGAAGUACACCAGCAAGUGGAACAGGACAGAACACUACAGCCGCCCAGCUGACUCAUGUGUUACGUAACUGGAAUUACUGCCUUCAGCUCACUCAUUUCAUGUACCAGGAGGGGCUGCUUGACCGUCAGGAACUGCUGGAGUGGGUUGUUGAUGCAUUUGUGCGUUGGCGAGGGAGUGAGCAUGAUGUUGUGCUGAGAUGAAAUCACUCAGUCUGAGUACCUCUCUCGUAAAUUAGCUCACUACUCUGCCGUCAAGUUGACCCAGCUUUGCCAUGAUUCAGGCUACUCUUCUCCAAGACCUCAGUCACCUGUUAAUCCAAGUAGUAAUGGGAUAAGUGUGAGUGCCCCAGCAUCGGGAAGUAACCAGCCAGCAGGCUCCACUGUGAACCCACUGAUGUCCACCUUCCAGGAAUUGCUGUCUUGUCACCAACACCGCCCAGUUGUUCAAGCUACCUCAUGUUUUAUCCAGGCAAUCACCCUUGACUGUCCAACUGCCAUGGUGUGGAACAAUGCUGGGGAGGGUAAAGCAUCUUCCUGGCUCACUGGCUCCCCUCUGGACCUUCUGCCAUGCCCACCCUCAGACCUGCCUAUGCCUCCACGGUACAACAACCAGCAUAUAAGAGCACAGCUGCGUGUGAUGGAGGAACACAUUCGUCAGCGAAGCCGGUCAGCAGAAAACAGAUGGUCAUUGGACAAAUAUGCUCUGAAUGUAGCAGGCUCUACCAUCAACCGGGUGCUGGGCGCACUGGACUCUCUUGAUCGUCACUGCUUUGAUCGUGUUGACUCAAACAAUUCUCUUGAUACUUUGUAUAACAAAAUAUUUGGGUCUUCAAAAGAAACAACCAAUGAGAAUCCAAGUAGCAAUAGUAGCUGUAGUAGCACAGCAUACCCUGGAAAUAAUAGCAGUAGCAGUAGCAGCAGCAACAAUGCUGCCAAUAAUAGUGAUGAAGCAAUUGUGAGAACCCUCUGUGAGUGGGCUGUGUCUGUACAGCGCUGCGGAGAACACCGAGCUCUGGUUGUAGCUCGCCUCCUGGAAAAGAGACAGAAUAACCUUUCUCAAGCUGAAAAUGACAUGCCAGAUGAAAAAGACUCCGUGACAUCAAACCAGAUGGUGACACCAGGAGGCUGCACCUUUCAAGGAUUGUUAUUGAAGUUUUUGGACACACAAGCACCUGUGUAUGAUGAGAAUGCAUUGUCUGUAAGGUCUCAAGAGUUUGGUAACUUGGUACUUUUAUUCUCUGAACUUAUUCGUCAAGAUGUAUUCAGUCACGACACCUACAUGUGUACCCUCAUCUCUCGGGGAGACUUGGCCACUGGGACUCCUGAUCUCAAAGCUGAUUCAUCUUUUGGAGAGAAGAAAGAAGAUGGUACUGAUAACAUUGAUGAUGACCUUGGGAAGAUAUUACAAAAAAUUGCAGUCAACACCAGCCUGGAAGAGUCAGGCUCAGGAGGAAGAGGAGAGCUGGGAGUGGAGGGCAAGCAGCGGCCACCAAGGCACCUUGUUUAUGCCCAGCACUUUCCACUCCCCCAGGAUGAUGCUUACAUGCACGAAAUUAACCAGUACCGUUCCAGUGUUUGCGCCAGGGAGAGAGAGGCAGUGCGUCUUCCGCUAUACUGAGCCCUUGCUGAAAUGGCAUCAACACAGCGGUACAAACAAGAACAAGUGGAGAAAGCUGUGGAGCUGGUAAGAUCUAAACAGAUGUCCCUGAAUGCCACCUCCAAAACUUUUGGUAUCCCUUACGCCACCCUUGGGGAUAAGGUCAGGGGAAGAAGACCUAUGCAGCCUGCUCCCAAAACAGUUCUGUCAAUGGAAGAGGAGAAGAAGCUAGUAGAUUGGCUGAUUGAAGUGUCUCAACGAGGUUUUGGACGGACCAAAGACGACCUCAAAGACAUGGUGAAAACCAUUCUCGAUGAUAGGGAAGAGAGGACUGUCUUCAAAAACAACCGCCCUGUAAAGGAUUGGAUGCGAGCCUUUUUCAAGAGGCAUCCAGAGAUACGGGAAAGAAUUGGACAACCACUUGGCCGUGAGAGAGCAAUUGUGACAAAGGAUGCUCUAGGUGAAUGGUUUCAGCAAAUGAAACAUUACCUGGACACCAUCGAUCCCACUUUGUUGACCUCUCCUGACCGGAUCUUUAAUGCUGAUGAAAGUGGUUUUAAUAUAUGUCCAAAGACAAAGAGAAUCAUCAGCAUGACAGGAGCAAAACACGUCUACUCUGUCACAAGUGGCACACGGCAGCAAGUGACAAUGUUGGCCUGCUCCUCUGCCAUGGGGCAGUACCUUCCACCGCUGCUGAUCUUUCCCUACACCAGAGAUCCUCGCUUCAAUGCGUUGGAAGGUUUUGAAGAGGCUUUUUUUCAAAAAACUCCAAAUGGUUGGAUCACUGAGGUGGUCUUUCUUAGCUUUCUGAGGGACAUCUUCAUUCCCAAAUUGGGAGAAAAGCGACCAGUGGUGCUGUUUGUGGACGGCCAUUCCAGCCAUCAUUCCCUGGCAAUCAGCACGGUGUGUAACGAGAAUGGUGUCAUCCUUUACUGCCUGAAGGCGCAUGCCAGUCACCUUAUCCAGCCACUGGAUCAAGCUUUCUUUGGGGCAAUCAAACUAGCAUGGAGUGAAGCCGUCAGAAAGUUUCAGUACCAAACUGGAGAGAGUGUCACCAUGUUCACGUUUGCCCGCACACUAAAGAAAGCUUGGGACACUACAGCACGACCAGAGCUUGCUUACAAGGGAUUUGUUAAGUCUGGGAUCUAUCCUUUUAACCCUGAGGUUGUACUCAACUCAGACAAGCUGAAGCCAAGCUGCAGUUUCUCCAGCGCUGCUCCAGUCACUCUCCCUACCUCAGCAUCUUUUGGCAUCACUGCUCUUCCCGCAUGUACCCCAACAAUCUCAACCUCUGUUCCUUCUGCUUCACCAGCAGCCAAAUCCAAGUUCCCUGGGCCAGAACAAAGAACUCCCACUCUCUCAGCAUUCUCCAACAUUUUUGAGCUGAUGAAGCUGAGCCUGUCAUUAGGGGAAGGAACAACUCUAAAAUUCAUGAAGCGGUACGAGGAGCGAUACGACAUGGAUGACCCACCUUAUGAAGACUGGAAGGUGUUGUUGGAGAAAACCUUACAGCCUGCCUCACAGUCCCUGCCUUCCACAUCCCAGCCUGCCUCACAACCCCUGCCUUCCACAUACCAGGCUGCCUCACAAACCCUGCCUUCCACAUCCCAGCCUGCCUCACAACCCCUGCUUUACACAUCCCAGGCUGCCUCACAACCCCUGCCUUCCACAUCCCAGCCUGCCUCACAACCCCUGCCUUCCACAUCCCAGCCUGCCUCACAACCCCUGCCUUACACAUCCCAGCCUGCCUCACAACCCUUGCCUUCCACAUCCCAGCCUGCUCCACAACCCCCUGCCUUACACAUCCCAGCCUGCUCCACAACCUCUGCCUUCUACAAAGAAAAAUUCCAAAACGAUUGAUGAUUACCUCACGCUGCCCUCAUUCCCGAAGAAAAAAGGAUUAAAAAAGACCAUCGCAGUAUUGCCAUGCUCAAUAAGCGGUGUUGAGUACCGGCAAAUGAUUGAAGAGAAACAGAGAAAGAAACGAGAGGAGGAGAGGGAGAAAAUGGAAAGAAAAAGAAAGAGAGAAGAGAGAAAAAAAAAUAAAGAACAAGAAGCUGAAGCAAAGAGAAAGAGAAUGGAGGAAAAGAAAAGGCAGAAGGAAAACAACAGGAAAGAAAAAGAAAAGAGAAAAAGGAAAGAAAAACGAUUCAGGACACUUCAGUAUGUUUCCCAAAAGCAGAAAGACAAGGAAACAGAAACUUCAGAGAGUGCGGAUGAGCCAGUCUUGGACGAUGACUCGGAUGAUGUAAUUGAUGAUAUGAACGAGCUCUGUGGAAAAUGUCAAUGUGAAACAAAAGGAAAGUUAAGGAUAAAAUGUGUAUUGUGUGACAGCUGGUGGCAUGCAGAAUGUCUGAGUGAGAUGAAUUUGAGUGAAAAGUCUCAGGAGGAUAUUGAUACAAUGGAUACUGAGUUUUUUUGUAAUAAAUGUAAUUAGGCUAUUUUGAUACUGUUGAAUGAUUUUUUUCACGGAGUAUUCUUAAGAUUUUCGUUUCGACUUCUGAAAGGCAUUUAUUUGUUAUUUUGACACUGUUAAAUGAAACAUUUCACGGAAUAUUCUUAAGAUUUUCGUUUUUAACUCUGUGAGACAUUUAUUUGUUAUUUUGAUACUGGUAAAUGAAACUUUUCCCGGAGUAUUGUUAAGAUUUUUGUUUUGAACUCUGUGGGACAUUUAUUUGUUUAUGAUAUUCAUAACUAAAGCACAGUUUUUAUGUUUGUCAAUACACUAUUUUAAAAAAUAAAAAAAAAGUUAGUU